GGCUUUAACUAAGCUUACUUAAUAACAAGAUCGUCAGAUAGCCAGCAAUUCGGAGCUACUGCUGAGACCAUUAGUUUCCUCUGUGUGUGUGUGUGUGUGUGUGAGAGAGAGAGACUCCUUUUCACUCGAAUGAAGUCCCGUUAGCUGCAACACCCAGAAUCUCAGCUCCUAGUCUGGUGAAUAGUUGUCUUGUCCCUGUAAUGAAUUCAGGCGGCAACUAAGGAAUUAUACACUGUCAAACGAUGUCACCUCAACAGGAUAACAUUGGUCAGAGCCGUUCUUCUUCGUUGACGGGGGAAUCUCGAAUAUCGGGCUGUGGAGGAACAGAAGAGAAGAAGAUAAUGAAAAGUCUGGCCCAGAGACGACAGUCAGCUCCUUCUUUGGUGAUUAGCAAAGCCCUUAGCAAGUCCAGAUCACUGUCCAGAGAAUCCUGCCUGUCUCCUGUCAGUCCAGAGUUUUGCCCUCUUGUACAGUCAAUUAUAAGUCCGUCCAGAACAUUACUAAUAGAAGGACACGCCCAGCUCAAGACUGGUCUCCAAACCCAAGACCGACAUCUCUUCCUGUUCAAUGAUGUUUUCGUAAUUGCAAAAUCAAAGUCUGCAUCCCAUUUCAAGCUGAAAAAACAGGUCAAAGUUUGUGAGGUCUGGAUGGCAUCCUGCAUGGAUGAAGUGUGUGAAGGGACCACAAAUCCUGAACUUUCCUUUGUGAUGGGUUGGCCCACAACUAAUUGCGUGGCUACUUUCAGCUCACCAGAACAGAAAGAGAAAUGGCUAUCUUGUCUCUACAGUUGCAUUAAAGAAGAGAAAGAAAAAGAACAUCCUAAAAGUAUUCCUUUGAAGAUCGUUACCAGAAAUGUUGGGAGCUGUAUAUAUUCAAAGGUCUUGACUGUGAACAAUACAGAUACAGCCUAUGAUGUUGUUACCAUGACACUUCAGCAGUUUGGCAUCACAGGUAAUCCUAAAGAUUAUCAACUUUGGGUCAUCUCUGGCAAAGAAGAUGCCCCUUAUCCUCUUAUUGGGCAUGAAUAUCCUUUCAGCAUUAAAAUGAGUCACAUUCAAAAUGCAGCUGCACAGACACAAUCAUCCAAAGACUCACUCUACCCUCUAGAUUUCCAGGGGCCCUUCAUCAUUGAGCAGUUGCCUGUGGAGAUGCAGUGUCAGUUCAUCUUAAAGCCAAGUCGCUUGGCAUCAUGCCAGCAGAUGGCCGAAACAAGUCAAAAGCAAUGCAAAAGAAAAAGGUCAAUCAUGAACUGGACCUUUUGGCGUGGUUUGGGUACUCAGUUGGAUAACAUGCCUCUAUCCCCAACCUCCAUGACACCAGGCAGACUCUUUGGCCUACCACUGUCAGCCAUUUGUGAAGAUGAUCACUUCCCAAAGCCAAUCAUGGACAUGCUUUCCUUUCUGUUUCGUGAAGGCCCAUUCACCAGAGGCAUUUUCAGACGUUCUGCGAAUGCUAAAGCCUGCAAAGAGCUGAAAGAGAAGCUGAAUACUGGAGCUGAAGUGCACUUAGCCCGUGAAUCUGUGUUUGUGACAGCUGCUGUGUUCAAAGACUUCCUUCGGAAUAUUCCUGGAAGCAUCUUUACUUCAGACCUCUAUGAUGAUUGGCUGGCAGCAAUAGAAAAGAGAAGUCAUGAGGAGAAGAUAAAGGAAAUUCAAAGAUUGUUGGAGCAACUUCCAAAACUCAAUUCCCUUCUCCUACGUCAUGUGUUUAGAGUGCUUCACAACAUUGAGCAGCAGGCUGAGGAAAACCAGAUGAAUGCAUUUAAUUUGGCAGUCUGCAUAGCACCCAGCAUCUUGUGGCCUCCCACACCCUGCAGUCCUGAAAUAGAGAGUGAGUCAACAAAAAAGGUUGCACUGUUUGUGCAGUUUCUAAUUGAAAACUGCUGCAGGAUCUUUGGAGAUGGUUUCAUGACCUCUUUUGGAGCGUUAUCAUCAAGGAAAUAUGCAAACAGAGACGAUGGAUCAGAUCUCUCCUCAUUUCAACUACAUGACUCCUCGUAUGACAGUCUAGAAAAUGAGCUCAAUCAUGACACUGAUUCCCCAUUAUUGAACCUGAUGUCGAAGAGAAAGCAAGACAAUCAAAGCAGGGACUCUGUUCUGACCUGGAGUGACUGUGAUCUUGAUCAACCUGAGGAUGAAGGAAGUCAUUUAUGUGUUCCAGCUUCCCAAAGUAGAAGUGUGAGCUGUCCAUUUUCCGAAAAUGACCUCCUGGACUCCAACAUUUAUGGCUUUGCUCCUGACAGAAGGCUUUCAGGUUCCAGAAGACACAGACGGUGUUCAGAGCCCAAUAUAUUUCCUCCUGCCUCACAAUUUGCUCAACAUUGUCAGAAUCAUGAGACUGUGAUUCGUAAAGCUAGCUAUGAUGCUGUCAUGACUCAGUCAGAUGAGAACUACCUUAUGCAAUUGCAGAUGCUACAGAUUGAGGGCCAAAAGCUCAUAAAUUACAGUUUGCAUAAGGAUAUUGACCAGAAAACAUCUAGCAAUGGAAGCCAUAAAGUUGUUCAGAAGGUGUCGCACAGCAGUAGCCAACUUCAGCCACCUCCACCACUCAAACUUAACGUUACCUCAAAGAUUAGCAGCUCCAGUUUGUCCUCACCAUCAGGCUCCUCGAUGAGUUCAAUUGAUAGUGCUUUCACACAUAAUGCAGAACCUUGUGUGUUGGAUGAAAGCUUCUCAACAUCCACUUCUGCCAUACAAGGUCAUAAAGGCCAUCCGGCUGUCGUAGCUAGCCCCAGUAUGUUGAAACACUGUUAUGGUGUCUUGUCUCCUAUUCAAGAUGCUGGCACAGCUGUCACUUCCUCCUCCGCCGCACCAGAAAAACACAAGGGAAGCUGCAACUUGACUGAAGAAACCUCUAAAUGCAUCAUUGAGAAAGGCCCAGUCACACUGCACCCCAACAGCUGGCUGAAGAAAGGAGGAUGCUGGACACUGAGAAGAAAGGAGAAGGGAUAUAAGCUUAAAAGCAAGCAUGGUCCAUUCUUUAUAGAUAAAGAACUCACCAAUGGCAAGUUAACUGUUUCUCCAGUGGCUGCAGAAGACGUGCAAAAGUUGAACAGAAGCCGAUUGGUCAAUUCACUGUCCUAUCGGAAACCAAUCCAAUCAUCACUGCAAAGUACAGAUGCCAAAAAAAAAGGAGUGAUGGUUAAGUCUUCAAAGCUUUUACUCAAACAUGGACAUUCUGAUUCACAAGAACUCAUCAAUAGCUCUGUUGCUUGCAGAUCACAUCUGUUGAGUACAGCAAAUCGAACUCUUCCAGAACUUGACCAAAUACCACAGACUAUCUUUUAUGGGCAAAAUUCAAAAUUAUGUCUUCAGUCAAAGCCACGUCAACAAUCGCGCUCAUUUACACUAGGAGAGAAAUGUUCCCAAAGAGUAGUUAACUCACAUUUGUCUGAAUUGGUAACUUCUGCUCACACGGACACUCAGAGUCCUGGGGCCAUCAGUGAGAGUGUAACUAAUACAGAUCUUUCUGAGAUACAGGGUGGGAUCCUCCAGGAGAAGAAACCAUUUUCAUCGACAAGUGGACCAUGUGCAACUGAGCAACAAUUUCACAGCACAAGUUCCAAUGCUCUUUCCCAUAGUGCAGCUAAAGCAGUUAAGGAUUAUUUUUUUCAGAUUGAUGCUGAGAACUAUUUCAUGAAAACACAAGAAGUGACUGAUGCUGUGCUCCAGAGCAAGAAGAAAUGGCAAAAUAAGUGCUGCAGUGACCCAAAAUUUGAAGACUUUGAACAAGUGUUUUUUUCAGAGGAAUCUUAUGUGUAAAGACU